GAUUGCGCUCACCCCCGACUGUUCAGUGACAUCUAGUUUGUAAGGGUUGAGGGUUCGGUGUGGAUGAGCGAGCUGUGCUCACUCAAAAAAAGACGACGGUGAAGUUCGCGCGAAUAGUCGGCGUAGCCGAUCGCGGUGAUCGCGGGUUUUGUUUACGAAGCGCGCGCGCGUGCGCGCCCGAAAGAGCGCCUCUCUCUCUCUCUCUCUCUCCUACGUGUGCCCUCGCGCCGCUGGAUGGCAGUGAGCGGCGGAAGGAAGAAUGGGAGAAGGGUGAGUGUUUCCCGCGUACACGUGAGUGCGCCGCGAAGCAUCGUCCGUGCGUGUCGAAACGUUGAAAGAGAGAGAGAGAGAGGGAGAGAAUUGAGCGGCAAACGUCAAGCCGCCAUACGAUGAAUGUGGAGCCUUGCCGAGAUUCGCGGCGUAGAUCUACAGGAAUUCCGAGUAAGGUCAGUUUCGCAGAAUGACAGUUGCGCGGUCGCCGCGGUCGACGCGGACGAGUCGUCGCUCGACGGAUUUUUUUCGCCCGGUGUAAACAGACGCGAGUGACACAGAGGACAGUUCGCCUUGUGUAUGUCGCGAUCAUCCGUCGAUUCGUGGACGAACGAUCAAACACACGGAGCGAUAUCGAUCAACGGAUCGGGAUUUUAACACAGAGUUGCACAUCGAGGGAGGAUUUCAACACUUUGAGGGAGACAACGGCCGCAAUCCAGCCGUAUGUUUGUGCACUGGCCGCGACGGAUGGUGCGUAAUUCCUCUCGAGGGAACUCGCGAGAGAGAUUCUCAUCGAAAUUUUUCGUCAAUCUCUUACAAAGAAGCAGGCUAGAUCGACAAAAUCCGCGACAUGUCGUUGCAUCCGCGCGGCGUCGCGCAGCGGACAGGGAGAUAAUCCAACGCCUCGCGGUAAUCCGGAGGAACGAGAGAUAAUUUCGAAAUAUCGGACGAUGGACGACGGCGGAAGCAUCCGCGGUACGCCGCACAGCUCCGGCGACUCGAACGGACGCAGCUACGACAGCGUGGACAGCGGCUACCUGAGCGGCCUGACGCCGCAUUCCAGCUACACCCCGAUGGUGAGCACCGGCUACAAGAACAAGCUAUCCGGCGCGGUCGCCAAGAGGCACCGGCAUCGUCAGGAUCCCUGGCAGUGCAACAAACUUCACAGACAUCGUUCCAAGCUCGGUCAGCUGCUCUACGUCUCGGAGUCGGAGCAGCCGGAGAGCUCCGACUCGGGGCUAGAAUUGUCGCGCGCGAACCAAGAUCUCAGUCUACUGGCGCAUUCUACCCCGAGCUGCGCGAACGAUGAUCUCGCUCUUGGCAGCAGCAGGAACUGGCAAGCCACGGUGCCGGUCACCCCAGCCUCCGCGGGUCUCCACCUCCUGUCACCGCCGCCCUCUCCGGCGAUGCCUACCUCGUCCUACGCGGUCGCCUCCCUGGGAGAGGAGGACGUGGAGAUGAAACUAGUCGUACCGCGAGAGAAUGUAGUCGCGACAUCGCCGAAGACCCCGAUACCGCUCAUUGUCGUUUCGCCGGUUCGCAGGAGAAUCAAUCCCGGCACCAUAACGUCGGUGGAAAACCGACAGUUGAGUGAACUGUCUAUCGCGGACUUGAGUGCCAUACCCGAGAUCAAGCCCAAGAGGCUUGAUUUCAGUCGCCACGGCUUAUCGGAAUUGCGCUACGCGACUUUCAGCUGCGUGAAAAAGGAGAAGGUGGAUUUCUUGUCGCUUCUGGGAAAAGAGAGCAAUCACUGGAACGUAGUGUCGCAGAUCCUGUCCUAUCUCGGAUCACAGGAUCUGUGUACGGUCAGCAUGGUGUCGACUACGUGGAAGAGAAUUUGCAAAAACGACCCGUACGCCAAUAGGAGGAGGAUGGACUACGUUCUACGCAAGCAGAACGUCAAAGAGAAUUUCACGAUCGCGAAGAAGGUGAAGCCACUCGGGGAGGCCGUGCAGAUGAGCCCUAAGAGCAGAAAGGGAUCUGCGGUCAGGAAGGGGUGUCUGUCGAACGUGCAGAAUUUGCUGCACGUGCCGUUGCAAUCGAGGCCACCGAACAGUCCGCCCGUGUCGCCGAGUAAAGUCAAGUUUCACUCCUUCGUCAAGGCUAGUCGUACGCUCGCGCAUGGUGAAUACCUGCUGCCGUGUCCGAAAUGCUCGUUUCCUUCCCAUGUGGAUAACAAGAAGAACGUGGGAACCUGCACGAGGCAAGGCUGCUCCAUCGAAUUCUGCACUUCCUGCUCGUCGAAACCGCACAUAGGGCCGUGCAUUACGCCCCAGCUAGGCACACCGACGAAACGCAACAAACGUCUGAUCGUCGGCUCGAGGCAGAGCAAGCGGAAUUUGCGGAGGUUGUAAAGAUUCCGCGACUCUACGUGGUCCGCGCAUCGAUCCGUCGUGGGACAGAAGAACUAGUCUAGCUACAGAGUCGAGGAAGAUGUAAAUUAUAGAAUAGACGCAGAGAUGUAUGUAUAGUAAAUCGUAAAUGAGAAUCAAAAGUCGCGAGCCGCGAAAUAUAAUCAAAUGUAAUUUAAUAAUUAAUUAGGUAAUAUUAGUGGAGUGGAUUCGGUUGUGCCAAGGUUGUCGAUACUACGUGCAUCUUUCGUGCCUUCAAGUGCCUUAACGAGCGGCGUAUAUUACUACUUACAGAGUGGCGUAAACAUGUUAGUCGCAUAGUUAGUAGCCGUAAAUUCUGAUCAGCAGCGGUAAAUGGAUUUUUCGACGUCGUAAAAUCAGCGAACGCCCUAAUCUGCUCCAAUCCAUCGACACUCGGGCUAAUGUAUUCAAGUAUCACUUAAAUCUCCUUGAGCGACGGCGACGGUGCAACCGAAUGUUCGGAUCCUCUUAACGAUGAGAGGGAGAGAACGAGAGACAAAUCAAAGGUAAAAGUGUACCUGCAAAGAACACAGGGGGAAGGAGAAGAAGGAGGAGAAAGAAAUGAGAAACCAUAAAGGCAGGCAGGCAGGCGCAGCGGUCGUAAAACCCGCUAAGGGAACGGCGAAACACUUUGCGCGCCGCCCGGAUAUUCCGCUUUUUACCGAGCGCGCUCGACUCCUUAAUGAAGCUGGAGAGAGAGAUGGUUCCGUUGCCGCUCGCUCGCUCUCGCGGGAAUCGCCUCGUAAAACAUUAACUGCUGAAUAGAACGAUCGUCAGGACGAUCAGGGUGCGCGCGAACCAAACAAUUCUCAUUCGCGCACCAAGAAUCUUUGCAAACCCUUAACGACCUUAACGAAGUAUUUAACUCCGUAUUUGCGCGCGUCCGUAGUUUCAUUCGAUUAGAAUCGCUCCAGAAGUAUUAUCAAAUGUACGUAGCGCUAAAAGCGAUUAAGGGAGACGAAACGACAGAAGUAAGAAUGUAAGAACGACGUCGCAAAAAUGGAAGGCAGAGACGGUAACAAUCGGCAAAGGAGGGAAUGUCGUCGCGCCAUUGUCGGAUAUUAAACUCGUUCGACGAAAAAGUUGUCAUCUUCGCGCGGCAUUACUCGACGUCGGAAGCCGGUACAAGGGAUUUCACGUUUGUGCCAUGAGAUUAGUUCGCGUCAUAACGCGUUUGCCAUACUAUACUUAAAAAAAAA